AUUGUAGUUAUGUUGACCUACGGUUAAGCACUUUUACAGGUGGGUGCUCCAAUUUCUCAGAGGUUUUGUGCUAAUUGCCAGUAUUGCUCUUUCAGUCACCUUUUUAUCUGUUAGAUUUGGUUUAUUUGUUAACUUCAAACAAUCAUAUUAUCGCCUAUUAAUUUUUGUUCGAUGGCCUAUUUUGCUUCAUGCGUUUGACCUUUAUUGGCUCGAUCAGAAACUCUUUUUCAAUCAACUUGGCUUGCACUGCGUUAACCUACCACUACUACAGGUUCCACUACUGUGGCUAUUUUUAUUAUUAUUUUAUCUGUUAUUGUUGUUGUUGCUGUCCGUGAUGAGAGUAAACUAUUAUGAAACCUAUUGCAGAAUAGAUAGAAGAGUUUUUUGGCCAUAGGACAUUUUUACAUCGGCCACAUUUUAACGUAACACAACAGAAAGGUACAAACGCAGAGAAGAUCAUCACAGUCAUGGCGGAGGAGGAUGAACUGUAUAACUUCCUUCGCAAUCGUGGAGUGCCAGAGGACACGUUAAAUCGCAUGAUUGAGCAAAAGAUUGACCACUCAACAGUAAUAACAAUGGAUGACAACACAUUGGAGAGAUUCCUGCCAGCCCUUGGUGAUAGGGUUGCAUUAAGGCAUUACUGUGACAAUGGCAACCACGUUAAGCAAUCUAGAAAACUAAGUCUUUUAGAAAAACUAAGGAAGAAAAUGAAGCUUGGACAUGCCUCAAACUUCUCAGAGGAUGCCGGUGAAAAGGAGGAAUGUGGGAGCACAAGAAAGUCAAUGAUUGGAAACAAAAAUGCUUACAAAGACACAAGACGGAUUGAACUUGGAUGGAUACACAAUGGAAAACAAGUUCGAACAAAAUGUGGUGGUGGGACAAGAAAGCUGUCUGUUCCGAAAACUGCUGGUUAUGAUGACCUCAUCGAGCUGGGAAAGGAGUUGUUUUUUCCUCUGGGGCAGUCAAAGAAAGGUCCUCAAGUCAGUUUCUCUUUCAAAAUAUAUGAUUUUCAAGAGUGUGAAAUGCCCCAUGAUAUCACUGUAGGAGGGCUGUAUGAAUCGGUUAAACUGGGAAUACUGAGAUUCUACUUGGUAUCACUUGAUCUUGAAGAAUCUGAAGCUUCUUUGGACGAUCUUGAAACUUCAGACACACCAUCAGAACAACAACAUGAUGACUGCUACAUAACAGGCGAGACCUAUUUGUCAUCUGAUGAUGAAAUACAGUUUGGUCCAGUGGAGGAUCCUGACUACACAUCUGACGAUACUCUUUACAUAGAUGCACAUCAAGAAGAGAUACCAUCCCAGUCAAGAGACGUAACACAUGUGGUAACACAUCAAGAAGAGAUACCAUCCCAGUCAAGAGACGUAACACAUGUGGUAACACAUCAAGAAGAGAUACCAUCCCAGUCAAGAGACGUAACACAUGUGGUAACACAUCAAGAAGAGAUACCAUCCCAGUCAAGAGACGUAACACAUGUGGUAACACAUCAAGAUUCUGCUCCGAAGGUGCUGAGACUGCAUCGUGUCAACAUCAUUCAUGAUAUGAUUGAACAGUUCAAAGAUGCCAGUUUUGUGGAGACCAGACUGUCGGUUGUCUUUGUUGAUGAAUGUGGCAUUGAUGCAUCUGGUGUUGCCCGGGAUGCAUAUUCAGGAUUUUGGGAAGCUUUUUUCCUGAAUUGUGCAGAUGGGGAAACUGACUGUGUCCCAGCACUUCAGCCUGAGUAUGGAAAAGAAGAAUGGGAGGCAGUAGGUAGAAUUCUACUAAAAGGGUACCAGGAUCAUGGAUUCUUUCCAGUGAAGCUGUCUUUGGCCUUUGCAGUCUGUCUCCUUCAUGGGGAGAACAAAGUGACACCAGACAUGCUGAUUGAAUCUUUUCUGAGGUUUGUCACGCCAUUUGAGAAAGACAUCAUCAGCUCUGUGCUGGAAGGAAGAGAGUAUGACAUGGAUGACCUACUCGACAUACUUUCCAGAAUGGGUGGGCACGCUGUACCUGAUGGAGAUGCCAUAAAGGACACCAUCAUACAGACUGCGCACAAACAACUAAUACAGGAGCCAAUGUAUGCUCUUAAAAUGAUGGCUGCUAGUGCUCAGUGUACUUUAAAAAGUCUGCUUCCAACUGUGUCUGCAGUUUUAGCACUUUAUGAAUCCAAAAUUCCAACAGCAAAAGGCAUUAUUGCGUUGCUUAAACCCAAUGAGAAACAACCUUCUCACAGCAAAACAAUGCAGUUUUUAAAGCUGUUCAUUCGAUCACUUGACAAAGAUAAACUGCAUAAAUUUCUGCGCUUUACCACUGGGGCUGAUGUUAUUUGUGUUUCACACAUUGAUGUUGAGUUUACAGAUGUCAGAGGUUUACAAAGGUGUCCAGUGGCACAUACAUGUGGUCCACUGUUGCAGAUACCCUGCACUUACAGUACCUACUCUGAAUUUCGAAGAGAGUUUGGGAGUGUCUUAGAUGCCAACUACUUGAAAAUGGAUCUGUUGUAAAGCUGACAAUAGCUUGUAAGGUAAAUUAUGUGCAUGUCCAGCUAAACUACAUUUUGAAAAUGUUCUCCAGGUAUGGCAGUGGUAAAGGCUUAUAUAUUGUGUUCAUUUGUGUUGUAUGGGACAAACUUAAAGACAUCAUGGGUCUAAUAAGACAUUUCUGUUUUGAAAACCAUACAUUGUCAAACAUUUCUUUUUGUUGGCCUUAGACAUUUCAGUGUUACCUAAAUAUGAGUCCCAGAAGUUCAUGUUACAAUCCCACUAGUGUUUUAAUAUGUACCAGUUGUGUUCUUAUAAGGCAGUUUUAGAAUUUAUUUGAACCAGGAAUACAGAUGGCCUACCUGCAAUACUAUUUCAUCUUGUGUUAUAUGACCUUAUGUCAGUACCUCUUGGUAAAUAAAUAGGCUGUCUUUGAAGCUCUUUUAUUUUAUUAUAACGUAUGCAUUAUACAUUGACAGAUCUAUAAGUAAAGACUUUAAAACAAAAGUGAUUUAAAAUCUACAAUUUACAAUACCAUGUCCAAGUGUUGUAAAAUAUGGCUACAUAACCUUAGAAUUGAAAUCACAGGCUCCUACUCAAAUACAACUUAAAAUUCUAUAAAAAUUACGCAAUUUAUUAAUUUACCAGAUUACACUACAUGUCUUUCCUUCCAAAUAAAUUGUAAAGACAAAUCACAACACACGUAGUAUCUCUUGCCUAAGCCUAAUGUACAGGGUUCUGGCACUCUCUGCAUCCUCUGGGGCACUGAGAUGAAGUUCAUCCAUUAUAAGACAACAAAGUUCAAAAACUGUGUCGUCACAGGGAUGCGUCGGUGUAACACACUCCUCUUGGCAGUUUUGAACAUCAGCUGGGUCACACCGAAAGAUAUGAUCUACUGACCCGUAAAGAUGAGGAGCCAUAUACAUUACGGCAGGUCGUCCAUGCGGCGCAGUAAUAUUACGUUGUGUUCGGAUGCAGUGUGCAUUCCACAUCUGAGCAAAAUCGUCGAGCUCCCCCUAAGAAAAGAACAGAGACAAAUCUAGUUAUAAAAUAUACUUCAUAAAGAUACUUGUUAUAGACUACACAAAAAACGAAGUGUUUUAAGUUCCAAAUGCAAGGCUAUAACCUAAAUUGGAGAGGGAGUAAAAUCUUUGCGUGGCAGGGGGAGCUACCGCAAAAUCUGUCACUUAAAGAUAGCGUCUGGUAGCUGUAAGGCUGGUGAAAAGAGCUUGGUGAAUAUUGACCUAUUGUGCGUGUGUUCUGGCUCCCGCUGGCUACAGGCAAUACGUUUAAAAACACCUUACAUAAAAGGUCGCGAAGUAGGCGCAUACACCCGUGACGGGAACUGUGGCAGGCGCAUAUAACGGUGCCGGUGUCCUGACAUUUUAUCCUAACGUUACCCGUCAGAUUUUCCUACCAGGGUUAACUGCGCAUGCGCACAGCAAUAUCGCGUCCUUUUUCUCAUGAUAAACAACUAUAUUUAAUGUAUUUGCAUUAAUGUAAGUGUAGGUUUAGGGUUGGGGUAUGUAUAGACUUUAGUAAAACACAAUCUAAUACGUAGAAAAAAAUAUUUAUUGCUGGUUUCCUGUAAAUGUAUCCCUUCUUGCUCCCCCUGCCACGCAAAGAUGUGACAGUCAGUCUAAUUGACAAUAACAAUUUUUAUCAAUGGCAAAGUUAUAAAAUUACACUUGAAAUCCUUUUAUUUAUCUUUCUCACAUCAUUAUUUGUAUUUACGUCAAAGUUAAAAUUAAAUUUGACAUUUAAUUUAUUGGCUUUUAUCUAGGCUACCAGGGCCAGAUUUCCCGAUAACGAUUGAUCUUAGCGCUUAAGAGCGUUUUCUACGAGUAGGCUAAUUUUACGAUCGUUCGUUAUUGUUUCACGUGCGUUUCCCAAAAGUGCACUUAAAGCAAUCGCACGUAGCUGUGUUUUAGCUACUUAGGAGUCGCUAUCCGUUUGUCAAGUGCUGAAAUGUCACCUUCUUGUGCCUUUAACUUACCUGCAGAAUCGUCAUGAAGCAAAACUGCACAAGUGAUCGAUCAAGGAAAUCCCCAGUAAAGUGGCCUUCUUCUUUUAGAAUUUGAAAAAAAUUCAUCCAAAACUGGACAUUUUCCCUGCGCAGUAUACUCCACAUGCUUUCAAUCCUUUGGUUGUGAUUACUCGAACCGUAUAUGAAACUGCGGUGGUAGGCGAAGUCAUCUGUAGCAGCACGUCGAAGGAACAUCUGCAUCUGUUCAACAGCGACGUUCUCUGUUCCACGAUCAGCACGGAUCCUUUGAGGGCAUCCUCGCCUUUCUUUCACGGUUUCAAUGUAGUACGAUGCAAUCACCUUUGGGUCGCUAUUUGUAAAAGAGACUUUCAACCACAUCAGAUGCCGUGAAAACCCGUCGACACAUCCAUUUAUGCAGAGGCCAUAUGGUUUUAAUUUAUCAUAGGAAUCGAGAUGCCACAUGAAAUUUGGCCCUGGGUUGUGGUAUCUCCUCCUUUGCAGUUUUCGCGCUCGCCUGUGUGCCACUCCAACUGGAUCUAAAACACUUAAGAGCAAUCUGACCGUUUCCCUUUUCACAACAAGUCCCUCUUGAAUGCACUUCAGGUGCAUCAUCCUAUAGCCAACCAUCUGACCAGAUGUUUCAAGCUGUUGAUUUAGAAAGUAAGCAACAUCUAACACGUCAGUAAAGUCCUUCCUACGGCAAAGCCUAUUCUUCCUCAGUAUGGUUUGGAGGGUUCUAAGACACAUUAUUAUGCCAUGCUGAUGGCUAAGAACUUCGAGAAUCUCUUGGUACUGCAAACCCAAAUAGAAAUAAAAACCUACAAUCCGAUUUAUAUCCAUAACAGGUUAACAAUCUCUUUACCUCCACGACUUCUCUAGACCUACAUAGAUAGGACCUCAAAUGUUUGCCCUAUAUAUUUGCCCGACGUAAUUUAGUGAUAUGAACGGCUAUUGCAAGAAUGCAGUGCAAGCCAAGAUGAUAGAAUAGGGAGUUUCUGAUCGGGCCAAUAAAGGUCAUAAAGUACAAGAGGCCAUCAACAAUUAAAUAUCGUAAGUGCUACCAUAAGAAGGAUUAGGCGAUUGGCUGGCGCUCUCUGGCAGCGGCACGUCGCAGCGCCACUUCCACAGACUUAAAUUCUCUUUUCCAACAAUGAAUGCUUUCUAGUAUUAUAAAUAUAUUUCCACUGUUUUUUAUUAUAAAAUAGAAGGGAAAAAGCUGUUUGCAAGGAAUUUUUGAAAAUUAGGCAUAGUUUUGCAACAACAACAGCAACAAAAAAGGUUAUUAGGCCUGCAGUUAAAACAUUUUGCUACACUCACCAUAGUUUAAGCAUGCUAUUUGUAGUAAAACCGAUUGUAAUAAUAAUUAAAAAAAAAAAACAUUUCAUUUCUUUAUGAUCCCACAUUUGCACAUUUUCAUUUUUGUACUUUACAAAAAUUACAAAUUACAAAAAUUCUAUAUACAUACUUAAUUGAACUGCCAAAUUGCCAUUCUUAACUUUAUUAAUUUGCAUGCCAAAACUUACACAACCUCAAAGCUGCGCGGUACAUUUACAUUUAAUAAUUUAGCAGACGCUUUUAUUCAAAGCAACGUACAAAUGAGAACAAUAGAAGCAAUCAGACCAACAAGAGAACAACAAGAGUAUACAAGUGCCAUGACAAGUCUAGUUAGUAUAGCGCAGUACGCAUACCUGUUUAUUUUUUUUAAUGAAAAGAAAAGAAAAGAAAAGAAAAGAAAAGAAAAGAAAAGUAAAGAAAAGAAAAGUUAAGAGCUAGUAUUAGUUGGUCAAGUGCUGGCGAAAAAGAUGAGUCUUUAGAUGUCUUUUGAAAAUGAGUAAAGACUCAGCUGUUCGAAUUGAGAUCGGGAGGUCAUUCCAACAGCUGGGCGCAGUCCAGGAAAAAGUCCGUGAGAGUGAUUUGAACCUCUUUGGGAUGGCAACACAAGGCAUCGUUCACUUGCAGAGCGCAAACUUCUGGAGGGCACAUAAGAUUGAACUAAUGAGCCUAGGUAUGUUGGCGCCGUACCAGUGGUCGUCUUGUAAGCAAGCAUCAGUACCUUGAAUUUGAUGCGAGCGGCUACUGGUAGCCAGUGUAACCUGAUGAGGAGAGGAGUAACAUGCACUAAAAAAAAAUGGUUUUGUGGCACUGUUUCGUUGUACACAGAUAUUUUUUUUUAUAAAACAACACAAAUAUAUUUCGUUUUCCGUCAAAACACCAUUGUAUUGUGCUUAAUCAACUUAAACUGUUUAAUUUUCCAUUUUACUUAAUUAUCAAUCGUUAAACUAACUUCAUUUCGUCAAUCAAAAAAAACGGAUGUGACGAUUUCUAACGCAUUUGAUGAUGACGGCGCGGAGGAGCUGCAAUGGCGUCAAUCAGAACACGAAGUACCAGUCAGAUUUGUGCAGAAUUUGAGACAUACAUAAUUACCAUAGGCCCAUUAGAAUCAACAAUCUUUGCCAAGUUUUAAGUUUUCCACACUGCAAAACUUAUGAAGAUGUUUGCAUACUGAAGAAGAGUCCUUGGACAUAAUUAAACCCCCUCGGUGCCCACUACACAGAAAAAAAUGAAAGGCUAAAUUUCGUUGUUUGCAUCUUCAGACUAAUGAAAUUGAAGUAUCCAAAUGAAGACCCUAGCAGUAUGGACUAUAUGAUGAGUUUUAUUUUUAUUUUUUUCAAGGUUAAUAAAUGCUUUGUAAAAGUUAAUACACAAGAAUUUGAGUACUCCAUCCUUUUAAAUACUUCUAGGAUACAGGCGUUGCCAGCAAUCAGCAGGUGAUCCAGAAGACUCGUGGGAAUCUAUAUGAAGGUGCAUCAUUGAAGACAGCCCAGCAGAUGUUAAAGUGUUGGAAGAUAAAGUUCUUCAGGACCUUAGCAGUUUAUACUAUGCAAAACCAUGUUGCUGGGACUGAUAUAUGGACUGAACUUGAGCAACCCUCCUGAACUCAGGUACACAUUUGGAGUACUGAAGAAGUUAUUUCUGGAGCCAGUUCCUGUUCCUGGAAUAAGGUUUGAUUGGUUACCCAUGAAUGCCAAUUAGAAAAUGACAGUAGUUUGAUAUUUCUGCUAUUUUGUGUAAUUUUGUAAUGUGGUUUCAACUGUAUUCAACUGUGUGUAAUUAUUUAUUGCUUUAUACACUUUGAUCAUUUGUGACAUCUUGUCUUUUGACUCAUUACAAGACAAAUAAAUCAAAAAUGCUUUGUUGAAGGGAGUAACUUUAAAUAGAAAACAUUUAAAGUAACUAGAACUAAUUGGAUGGAACCACUGUCCAUAAUUGAAUUAAGUUAGUUUAAAGAGUCAUUAAAACAAGUAAAGCAUA